UAGUCUAUGGGUAUGUAUGCCUACCUGCUGAGUUUCAAAUGCUACAUCAAUCAUAUAAACAGUUACACAGACUGAGGCAUAACUUUCGCAACUAAGGGCUGCAGGCUGCAAUACACACUGUGGAAAAUCAAGAUGGCGGAAGGGAAAGUUGCCACUACCCCUGUCCUACGUCAAACACAAGUAAAUCAUAUAUCUUCUAAAGACAAGAUGGAGGAAAUAAAGAAUCCGGUUUCAGGCCCAUUUAGGAGCAAUGACAUUGCCGCUUUGGCCAGCAGACUAGAAAACCUCGCCCAGAACACCCCACUGAGGUUCAGUUCAGACGCAAUGAGACCCACAACUAAAAAUACCUCUCGAUUUGGAAAUCUGAGCAACCAUUCAUUCUUCUCCAGACACAAUCCCCACCCACACCGUGUAACGCACAUCUCAGGACUUAAUGGAAAUCCAAUCUGCAAUGUCAAUGAUGAAUGGUCAGUCACUUCUCCACUUUACCCUCAUCCCAUGAUCAAAAACCAGCUGGAGACAAACCUGCUGGGUGUACAGUGCAGCUUGCCAAUAGGAGACCCCUACGGAAACAAAGUCCCAUUCCUGGCAGCAGGCAUUUUAUCAGAAGCAUGGCGGGAAGAGCUAAGGGAUCUCGCAACUAAGGUCUGCUCAAAUGACAAACCGGAAGAUAAAAAGGAGGCAGAGGAACCCCAAAGAGCUACACUGUACUCUGCAGAAACUGGACGUCUUAUCCCCCCAUCGUCACGUGCAAGGACCCGUCAGGCAUCCCGCAAAGGAAACAGAAAUAGCACCAGCAGAGGAAAAGAUCACAUCACCUUGUUUCAAGACCAGGAACUACUGGUCUUGGAGCUUCUGUGCCAGAUACUACAAACAGAUUCUCUUUCUGCAAUCCAACAGUGGCUACUUUCAGCUGGACCCAGAGAGAAGGACCUCGUAAUGAAUAUGAUUCAGACAGCUACUGCCAAUAUCAAGCUUGAUUCUAACACCAUGGACAGAUCAAUAGAUGACAGGCUCCAAACUCAAGCUGCACUAGGACUGAUAUCACGAGAUAAGAACUUCCAGAAGAAAGAUCUAAACAGUUCUAUUAAACAGAAACAAGAGCCCAUCGCAGAAGAAGAUAAACCAGAACACAUUGGCACUGCUGAAGUUCUCCAGAUACAUUCUCCAUCAGAUAAUGAAAAUCAAAGCAAGUCUGAAUCAGCCAACUAGCAAGAUGUCCUUCAACUGUAUGCAUGGCUUGCAAGAGGAAGAACUGGUGGACAUACCUGUCACUAAGUCACUGGUUCAUAGAAUAUGACAAAUGCUUAGUCAAAGCUGCAACUAAUAAACCUUGUUAGAGAUAUCCUCCUGUUAGACUGUUAGUGCUUGCUCUAUGUUACAUGCAUGGAUAAAACAAUGUACCGGUAUUUGUUAAUAUGGGAGGGAAAUAGUCAAUAUAGUCCUCAUCUAGUAAAUCUCACUUGUUUAUUAUCUGAAUGCUUGGUACCCGACAAUCAGAUCUAAGUUUAAAGGAUCACCACUUACCCAGGUAAUAUUGAUGGGCAGCUCCACUACAUAUGAAGUUUUCAUAGCUGCUUAUAUCUCAUUCUAAUCUGCAGGGUACCCAUCAAGGGACCGAGGAAGCAAUCUGAGCAAGCAGAAAACAGAUUUAAGAAAAAUUGCAUCCUCUCUCUAGAUAUCAAUGGUGUAUACAUGUAGUAUUUAUGUGUUUUAAAAAAUGUGAAAUAUACAUUGUAUUCUCUACUUUGUGCUUAAAUAAACUGUAUAGAGACUG